UAUCCACUACACAGUCUCUCGUAAGGUGUGGUUCUCAGCGUGCUGGUCAGAACUAUGCUCGUCCGGAAUCAACAAGUGCUUCUCGAGACUACGUCGGGGAAACACUUGACCUAACCGAACUUAGUGAACAUCUUUUUCUUCUCGUAACCUCGCGUGCAAAGGAGAGUUCGAAGGGGGCGCGCAUAGGUGGCAGGAAGAUUCGCGGAGAUUGACCGCGUACACAGAUUGGCUUGAGUUCAUGAUCUUCGGUUACAAAUAUUAUGACACCGGUUUGACUCGGUAGAUUGUACAGAUUAACCUUUUCACUUUGGGAUUCGAUCGCGAGACCAGAAUCGCCGACAUUGUGUUGCUUCUUGUGGUGAUCGAUGACUCGGUGAAUUAUUGGUUUUUUUGCGUUGAAAGAUGCAUCUAUGACGCGCGUGUUCCCUCACCAGGAUCAACGAGGAUUCUAUAUGUACACCGGAGUUCCGCUACACGUGACUUCACGCCUUGCCGACUGCGUGUUUAUUACGCUGUAGAUUUAAUUCAAUACACAACAUAAGAUUGAAGUUGACGAGAGAAAAUCACCAAGUAUGAAGCACCACGUGCACUUUCAAUCGUAAAUCAUAUCGAACGAUAAUGACGAUAAAAAAUGAAAAGAGAGGCAAGAAAGGAAAUUGAAUUGUCUCUUUUGCCGCAGAAAGUACCAUUUCGCUGUUAGAAAUUUCCCCUCGUGUGAUAGCCACGGGAUCGAACGAAAGCGCAAUUCCUUGGGUUAACUCGGUCACAAUGUAACAUUGUGCAUUCUCCGAACUACGAUCCAUAGAUCGUAAUGAAAGGAACAUUUGUAAUCUUCCUAAGCGUUCUCUCGUUGAGAACGCUGGGUCUGCCGACUGGAGCACCGCCAGAUUCAUGCAAAGAUCUGAUGCCUCGUCAUCCUGGAAGCACGAAGCAGGAAACUUACCCUCCUCCUUACCAAGUUUUACCAGCUGCAGGACAAGGCAGAGUCCGGUUAAUUCUGGGAAGUCCUCACGGUCUUGCCUACGAGGGUUUUAUGAUACUUGCACAUGACUCCGAGACCGGUGAAUUCGUUGGAGAGUUUGCCAACUUGCCCGAUUCGGCAAGAAUCGUCGAGUGCACACAGGGUAUAAAGAACGCGGUGACUCACACGAACGUCAGCAAGAAGCACAAUCUCGAGUUUGACUGGGAGGCACCUGUAAAUUACGAAGGCACCAUUGUUUUCAAGUCCACGUUCGCGCAGGAUUACAGUACGUACUGGGUCGGCGUGGAAUCACCGCCAGUUAACGUUCGCAAGCGAUCCAUCGACGUAUUGACCUCGUCUACACCGAUCAGUACACUGAGAACUACCACGCCGCCCUAUUACAGUCCGACCGUCGAUUACGAGACGAAAGAUGUUGAGGAUCCUUUCUACGCCGGAUGUGGCUCCACGAAGAAUUGCUUUGGUACUCCAGCUGGAUGCAUCGAGGCCAAAAAUUGUAUCGCUGCGGUUACUGUACUUGUUCAAGGAGAGCGAUAUCUGUUUGAAUUGCAAGGACGUGAUAGUAAAUAUGUCGCUGUUGGUUUAUCCGAUGACAGUAAAAUGGGCGAUGACAGUGUAGUUGAGUGCGCGAACGAAGGAGGAGAAAUUGCAUUACACAUGUCUUGGAACUCUGGAAAACGUAAUAUGCGCCAGCCAAUGCAGGAAGGAGCAGUCCAAUUGGAGUCGAGUGCGAUCAAGGAUGACAUAAUCACGUGCAGAUUUUGGAGAGAGAAGACUACGGUUGUUCAAGGCCGCGAGUAUGACCUCGUCAGCACACCAUACAAUCUUCUCGUGGCAGCUGGCAAAAGUUUAAAAAGUAACGGUAUCGGAUUCCAUGACACGGCGUACGACGCGACCGGUGACGCAAAAUUAUUAUCCGACGUUGGUGGUUACACUACGGCGAGCAACAUUCUAAUUCGUGUUCAUGGCGCUCUAAUGUUGGCAUCUUGGAUCGGUACAGCGUCGAUCGGCAUUCUUCUGGCUAGAUACUACAAGCAGACAUGGGUCAGCUCACAGUUGUGUGGAAAGGAUCAUUGGUUCGCCUGGCACAGAUUCUUUAUGAUACUGACAUGGUCGAUGACAAUAGCGGCUUUUGUAAUAAUAUUCGUCGAAUUGGGUGAAUGGAGUUCGGAGGUGAUACACGCGUCCUUGGGACUAGCGACCACGAUCUUAGCCUUUAUUCAACCGUUUAUGGCAGCCGCGAGACCUCAUCCAGGAGCACCGCGAAGACCUCUUUUUAAUUGGGCGCAUUGGUUCGUUGGAAACGCGGCACAGAUUUGCGGCAUAAUCGCAAUUUUCUUCGCGGUCCGACUAAAUAAGGCCAAACUGCCAGAAUGGAUUGACUGGAUCCUGGCAGCUUACGUGGUAUUCCAUAUUCUGACUCACCUUAUCUUAACGUUCGUUGGAUGUGCCUCUGACAGACAGGCGAGUCAGAGGGUGAAUUCAUUUCCGAUGAAAGACAUGCACUCUCGUGGUUCAAUGGUCCAUCCGGAUGCAAGACAGGAUGCUCCUCACGCUGGAAUCAGGAAAUUUAUCUUCGGUAUAUAUUUCGUCGUGAUCGUCCUAUUCACCGCAGCUCUCAUUGUAAUCACCGUACUGGCGCCUAUAGAAGACACAUGGGUUACCUUCACGAACAACAUUAAAAAUUAUUAA